AUGUUUAAUAGAACUGGGAACGGUCAAUCGCUUUUCGGAAAUGUCAAUGCAUCAACGCCCACUUCGACACCUAUUGCCUCAUCAAAUCCAUUACAAUUCAAUCAAAAGAAUACCGGAGGGAGUUUAUUUGGAAACGUGAAUGCCAAUGCUGGAACUUCCACACCAAGCCCUUCUGGUGGGUUGUUUGGCAACAAUAGCAACAACAAUAUGGGUCAAAACAACAAUCAAGGUAAAGGUGGUUUAUUUAGUAAUACUGCUAAUAAGCCUACAGGCGGUCUGUUUGGUAAUAGCAACAACACUAAUACAGGAAGCUUAUUUGGGAACAAUAAUACAGCAACAAAUGGUCGAUUGUUUGGUAACAAUAAUAAGAACGCUACAACCGCAUCCGGGGGAUUGUUUGGAAACACAACCACAAAUACUAAUACCAAUAACCUAGGAGGUUUAUUUGGUAAUAAACAAGGAGGAUCACUCACAUCAUCGAAUCCAUCUGGUGGAUUAUUUGGAGGGCAAGGGCAAUCAAUUGGUUCUUUAAAUAAUCCAAUGGCAACCAAUCAACAAAUGACACCGCCAGUAAUAAAUUCCAACCCAUAUGGAUUGAAUAUUGCUGCUCCCCAACAAAAUAUAUCAAAAAUGCCGGAAUCAAUUACAGCUACUAUUUCUAAGAAGAAAGCUGACAAAUUUCCUUCUACGACUGAGAAUAGUAAUAACCUAACGACUCAUAAUGAAACUAAACGUUCCUUUUCUGUUACCUCUACAAACUCUGGGUUCUCAAACUCGGCUCCACCACCUCAAGUAUCUCAGUCCACUUUAUUUAGUAAACUAAACUCGAGAUUAAAUUCUGCCCAAAUUGAUAUGACUACCAGAGGUAUAUUUUCUCCAUCUUAUGAUAGACCAUGGAUGAAUAAAAACGCUUCAGGAAAUAGUGGAACUUUGAGUCGUGGUCAAAGAAAUAACCCUGCAUCGGUUAAGGAUAUGACGCAUGUUACCUACGGAAGAAAUGAUGUGUCGGAACUACGUAAACUAAGGAUUGAUCCCAAUAGAAGUGCUGCAAAAAAGUUGAAAUUGUUGUCAGGCAGUCCGUCCACAACUAAGGAAUUCAAUGAAAAUAAGGAAGAAAGCACUCAUGGCGAAGUUGUUCAAACAACGAAUGUCGAUGAUGGGGUAGACGAUGCUAAGAUUAAUAGCAGUCCAGCAAAGGAAACUUGGGACCAGUCUCUGAAAAAUAAUUCUAAUUCGGUAAACUCAGAUGGAUAUUGGUGUUCUCCAUCACCAGAACAAUUAUUAAAACUUCCUUUGCAGCAAAUAAAAUGUGUUCCAGGUUUCGUCAUUGGGAGAAAGGGAUAUGGGUAUAUCACAUUCAAUUAUGAUGUUGAUUUAACAGCCUUCAUUAAGGACAUAGAAAAUGAAUUAUUUGGUAAGACUGUAAUUUUCCGUCCGACAAAGACCGUCGAAGUGUACCCAGAUGAGAACACCAAACCUUCAAUUGGAUACGGUAUGAAUGUUCCAGCAACAAUUACGCUGGAGAAUAUUUAUCCUGUAGAUAAAAUUACCAAGAAACCAAUAACAGAUGCCUCAAAAAUAAAUGAACUGCAAACCCUUGUAAGAAAAUUAAAGAAUAUGAGAGGGAUGGAAUUCAUCUCUUAUAAUCCAUUUGGUGGUAUUUGGACCUUUAAAGUUAGCCAUUUUAGUGUAUGGGGUCUUCUGAAUGAAGAUGAUGCAGAAAUAAGUGAAAAAGAGGUCGAACAAACAAAACAGGAAUUAAGUAAAGAAAGGGUAGCUGAACCAUCAAUGGAUGACUCAAAAAAUGAAUUACCAAAUGAAAAUAACGAUUUAGUCUUAAAGGAGCAAGAUUCUGAAGAUGAGAACCCAUUUCAGCUUUAUUUGCAAGAGAAGCAGUAUGAGCCAGAUGUUAAAGAUGAAGAUUUUGAAGGACUAGAGGUUAACCCACUUUUAGACAUAUCAACUGACUGGGUUGACCAAUUGAAUCUUGCUGGUUCUUCUCUGCGUUCAGUGUUUACCAAGAAUGCAGUUAUUGUUUCUAACGGAAACGAUGAAAUUGAUCUUCUAUUUUCCGAAUAUAAUGAAGAAAUAGAAUUCAGUAAAAAGGUAAAAAAGGAAAGACGUUUAGCAUCACCUUACCAUUUUGCAAAAUUUUCGCCAGAUACUUCCCUCCUAAUAAAGAAUGUUAAUACUUCAUCUGGGAUUUGUAAAAAGGAACUUUCCUCAAAGUUAAAAAAUCAUUUGAUAAUGACAACAGAUACCAUCAAAACACACCUGAAACAUUGUGAUAUUCAACUACACACAGAAACAAAUUACCCUUAUGUGGCAUUUAAUUCGUUAGAAUUUCAAGAUGUUCUUCCAUUAGUUGAAAAGGUUUCACCUACUCAGUAUAAUAUGUGGAAGUUGUGUUCAAUUUUAUUUGAUCCAAUUGGACUUUCUUAUCAAGUUGAUGAUCCAAAAGUAAAAGAGACUCUAUUAAAAGAGAAAAGAAUAAAAUCAUUGACAUCCUGGAUAGUCGAUCAAGUUCGUGAUGAAAUUAGAGAUAAAAUAAGUAUGUGCGAUAACCCUCUAGAUGAAAUUUUUCUCCACUUAUUGAUGAACGAUGUUGUAACUGCCACCAAAGUGGCAUCAGAUGCUAAAAACGGCCAUUUAUCUGUCUUACUUCUAUUUUUGGGAUCUAAUGACCCAAGAAUCCGUGAACUUGCUGAGUUACAGGUGGGAACCUGGAAAUCAAACGGGUAUCAAGUUGAUCCUUCAAUUUUGAAAAUAUACGAAUUAUUAAGUGGAACCUUAUUACAAGAUAAUACAGGGUUAAGGAAAUUAUCAGAGGAAUUCAGUUGGCUUGCCUUACUUGGUCUUUCAUUAUAUUAUGGUAAAGUUGAUGAAUACACCUUGGAAGACUUAAUCUUGGCGUAUUUGCCAUUGUUUAAACCUAACUAUGAUGAUCCAUUAUAUGUUAUUUUCCAAUUAUUUGGCGCACAAGAUUCUACUGAAAACUUAUUUAAAGAAACACAGUUAACCAGCCGUGUUCUUGAUAUUCAAUUCUCCUGGUAUUUCAUUCAAAUUCUGAAAUUCAACAAGAUUCGUCAGUUUUCUUCUGAAACAUCAGAUAUAUUUUCGUUACAAUUUAUUGAAGAACUGAAAGUUGGUCAUUUCAAUAAGCAAGCCUUAUAUGUUUCAUGUUUCAUAUCUGAUCAAUCUAUUGCUAAGACUCAAAUAGACCUAUUGGUUCAUCAAGAUAUUUUACAAUUGUAUAAUAUGCCAAAUACCCACAUACUGGAUGAUUUAAAGAUUCCAUUUAAAUUGAUUCAUGGGGCUUUAGCUUUGACUGACAAAUACAAAGGGGACCAUUUAUCUGAAGUAAGGAAUCUAUUGCUGGGACAAUAUUAUGAUGAGGCUGAAAUAGUUUUUCGUACGAUUGUUGGUCCUGAGUUAAUCAUUUCAAGCACUACCUCACAUAAUAAUGAAUUGAAUAUUCUAAGAGACUUGUUGGAAAAGUUUCCAAAAGCUAGUAUGGAGCACUGGUCAUCCGGUUUGGGUGUCUUUGAAAGUUAUUUGGAAUUGGCUUUGGAUGAAUCAACAGAUGAAGCCAUAUUAAAAAACUUAAUGGCAGAAUUGAUAAUUUUCUACGAUCUUGGCAAACAUCAUAAUACUAUCCCUGUUUGUUGCACUAUCAUUUCCCAAAAAAUCAUCUCAACUAUAUUAAGUAAAUAUAAGAUGGAUUUAAGUACUGAGUGGAAGGAUAGAAUGCUAAAUUUGCCCUUGGGUCAUCCAGAAAGAUCUUAUCUAAGAUCAGAACUUUCAACUAUUUAA